AUGUCCAGAUCCGGGGACAGGACCUCCACCUUCGACCCCAGCCACAGCGACAACCUGCUGCACGGCCUCAACCUGCUGUGGAGGAAGCAGCUCUUCUGCGACGUGACCCUGACGGCCCAGGGCCAGCAGUUCCACUGCCACAAGGCCGUGCUGGCCUCCUGCUCCCAGUACUUCCGAUCCCUCUUCUCCAGCGGCGGCGGGAGCGGCGGGCACCCGCACGCCCUGGGGCUGGGGCCCGGCGCCCAGGACGGGCUCGGGGGGCCGCCCAAGGAGCCGCCGCCGCCGCAGCCGCAGGAGGAGCCCGGCACCCCGUCCUCCUCCCCGGAGGACAAGCUGCUGGCCAGCCCGCGGGCCAUCAACAACCUGGUGCUGCAGGGCUGCUCGUCCAUCGGGCUGCGGCUGGUGCUGGAGUACCUGUACACGGCCAACGUGACCCUCUCGCUGGACACGGUGGAGGAGGUGCUCUCGGUCAGCAAGAUCCUGCACAUCCCGCAGGUCACCAAGCUCUGCGUGCAGUUCCUCAACGACCAGAUCUCGGUGCAGAACUACAAGCAGGUGUGCAAGAUCGCCGCCCUGCACGGCCUGGAGGAGACCAAGAAGCUGGCCAACAAGUACCUGGUGGAGGACGUGCUGCUGCUCAACUUCGAGGAGAUGCGCGCCCUGCUCGACUCGCUGCCCCCCCCCGUCGAGUCGGAGCUGGCGCUCUUCCAGAUGUCCGUGCUCUGGCUGGAGCACGACCGGGAGACCCGCAUGCAGUACGCCCCGGACCUGAUGAAGCGCCUCCGCUUCGCCCUCAUCCCGGCGCCGGAGCUGGUGGAGCGGGUCCAGUCGGUGGAUUUCAUGCGCACCGACCCCGUCUGCCAGAAGCUGCUGCUGGACGCCAUGAACUACCACCUGAUGCCCUUCAGGCAGCACUGCCGGCAGAGCCUGGCUAGCAGAAUUCGUUCCAAUAAGAAAAUGCUGUUAUUGGUUGGAGGAUUGCCUCCCGGACCUGACCGGCUACCCAGCAAUUUGGUUCAGUAUUAUGAUGAUGAAAAGAAGACGUGGAAAAUACUGACAAUUAUGCCAUAUAACAGUGCCCAUCACUGUGUCGUGGAAGUGGAAAACUUCUUGUUCGUGCUGGGAGGAGAAGACCAAUGGAACCCUAAUGGGAAACACAGUACAAACUUUGUUAGCCGAUACGAUCCCAGGUUUAACAGCUGGAUACAACUUCCACCCAUGCAAGAGAGGAGAGCCAGUUUCUAUGCCUGUCGCCUUGACAAGAAUUUGUAUGUAAUCGGUGGAAGAAACGAAACUGGCUACUUGUCCAGCGUGGAGUGCUACAAUCUAGAGACAAACGAGUGGCGUUACGUGUCUUCGUUACCGCAACCUUUGGCAGCCCAUGCAGGAGCCGUUCACAAUGGCAAGAUAUAUAUUUCAGGAGGUGUUCACAAUGGAGAAUAUGUCCCCUGGCUGUACUGCUAUGACCCCGUGAUGGAUGUCUGGGCCCGAAAACAGGACAUGAACACAAAGCGAGCAAUCCACACUUUGGCUGUAAUGAAUGAUCGACUGUAUGCAAUUGGAGGAAACCAUUUGAAAGGUUUCUCCCAUCUUGAUGUAAUGCUUGUGGAAUGCUAUGAUCCAAAAGGUGACCAGUGGAAUAUCCUCCAGACUCCUAUUUUGGAGGGUCGCAGUGGCCCUGGCUGCGCAGUCCUUGAUGACAGUAUUUACCUUGUCGGAGGCUACAGCUGGAGUAUGGGAGCCUACAAAUCUUCUACUAUUUGCUAUAGUCCUGAGAAGGGGACUUGGACAGAACUAGAAGGAGAUGUUGCUGAGCCACUUGCAGGACCUGCUUGUUCAACUGUCAUAUUGCCAGCCUGCGUACCGUACAACAAAUGAUGGUCAAGGAGCACUGACACGAACACUGAUUGCAUUUGGGACAAUAAUGACGGGUGACGUAAAUAUUUUAUUAGAACAGGAUUCCUGUUAAAACAAAGCUACCAUAAUUGACCCCUUAUUCCGUAUUUAUGCUUUAGGAGCAAACUGAAAGAAAACAAAAAUCAAGUGUUGUCCCAUCUCAGAUAGAUGCCGGUGUCUUAUGAAGCAAGUAGCUAAAACACACCGAACAUUACAUACUGACAGACUGCCAUUUCAGACUGAUUUUAACUUUUUCCUGCUGCAGAGAUAUUCCUCACAUCAAAUUUAACUUUAAAAAAAAUGAAGGCUAACUGUUCAAAUACAGCCUGAAGAGACAAGAUCAGUAUUGUGCAUUGUAUCUACCUGCAUGUGAUCUGUGUUGAAGUCAUGAGGAUGUUGUUUUCAUGAAUGCUUCAGAAUUCAGAUAGUGAAAAGCUCACACUGCAUUGCAGAAUUGUCUCCUCCUCUGUAAUCCUAACCUACAGCUACUUCACAUGCUCUGCAAGCAACACAGCAUCAGAAGAUUAUAAAAGGUAAAGAAAUAUCAUUCAGUUUUUGCACAGUUUGGCAACUAAUAACACUCUGCCUUCAAAGUCCCCGUGUGUAAGUGCAGCGGAAAGCAGACUACAAUGAAAGCCAUGCUUUACAGAGCACUUCUUGGAAUAGCAGCUUAGGGAUUAGGAUCAAAUUCUUCUAAUCACACUUGUGUAAAGUCAGAGUCAUUUCACUGAAAUCACAUGGAAUGACUGUUUUUACAUUAUUAUAACAGAAAUUUGGUCCUACACCUUAAAUUCUGGGUUCGUAAAGUAAGUUAUUUCUAUGACCGCUUAACGAAGCACCAGAACCCUUACUUACUUUUCACUAACCUGUUAGAUAGGAGCAUCCAUGCUAGUUGCCUCCAGAGACAGAAAGACUGCAUUUAACUAUAAAUGUAUUACUUUGGACUCUUAAAUGAUUGUGCACAAUUUUGGAGAGACAUUGGUAAGUAGUUAAAAUACUCCUGUGUGGUCGAUCUUAAAAUGUACUCUGAAAGAUUUUUACUGUUGAUCUAAAGUAAUACGAGGCUAGACUUUCCACUGCCUUAUAGCU